AAACUAACUAAAAAAAUUUUAAAAAUCUGAAAUCACUUGAAUUUAACCCACCCCGACUCUGGAGAAGGAGAGCUAAUUCCUUCGGAAAGCGCACUUCGGUAGCGGCCAGUAGACCCCAUGGACGAGAGCGGCCGCCGCCGUCAACAGUGGCGAAAUCAUCCUUCCUCCUCCGCCUCCGCCUCCCCCUCGACCGGGCCUACACGGUUCCGGUCCCAACAAUACUCUUCGAAUCCAACGAAAACCACCCAAUCCUCUAACUUCGUUCCACGCUCCACAACUACCACUGGCACUACCCCUCACAAUACCAGAAAUCCCGGCUAUGUCCCCAGGUGGAAAUCUGUAUCAAAUGCGAAUAAUCAACAAGAAGGAGAAACAGAAGCAGGAGAAGAGGUUGGUUCUAUAGUUGGAACUUGCCCUUUCAUGUGCCCUGAGGGGGAGAGGGCUCAGCGGGAAAGGCUACGAGAUUUAGCUAUUUUUGAAAGGUUAAAUGGAGAUCCUAGGAAAACAUCUCCAGCUUUAGCUGUCAAAAAGUUUUGCAGAACUAUAUCACUGAAGUAUGUCCAAGCGUCAGAUGUGCGGCCCCUCUCAGUAUUGGAAGACACAUUAAAUUACCUUCUAAACCUACUGGACUCUAGUGAAUAUCCUUUUGAAGUGGUUCAUGACUUCAUUUUUGAUAGGACUCGGUCAAUAAGGCAGGAUCUUGGCAUGCAGAAUAUUGUCAAUGAUAGAGCAAUUUGCAUGUAUGAGAAAAUGGUAAAAUUUCAUAUAGUAUCUCACCACAGGCUUCAAAAUUGUGGCAGUUCAAGUAUUUCAUCAUUGCAAUAUCUCAACAUGGAGCAGCUUAUGAAGACUUUGGCAUCUCUUUAUACUCUGUAUGAAGCAAAUCACAGCUCCAACUCUAUUUAUGAGAAUGAAGCUGAGUUCCGUUCAUUUCAUGUGCUUCUUCACCUUGAUUCUAAGAGCCAACAAAGGGAGGAGUCACUGUCUUUUUGGUUUCGUCGUGUACCUUCUCUUGUUAUGAAGUCUAAUGAAAUGCAUUUUGCCCGACAAGUUCUAAGAUUUUAUCGGAUGGGAAUUUAUAGGAGUUUUCUCUGUACUGUAUCUGCUGAGGCAUCAUAUCUACAGUACUGCAUUAUUGAGCCUUAUGUAAAUGAGGUUCGAGCACUGGCUGUUUCUUAUAUAAAUAAUUGUUGCUACAAGCUUCAUCCAUACCCUUUGGAAGACUUGUCCAAACUUUUGAUGAUGAAGGAAUCAGAUAUGGAAUCCUUUUGCCAUGCAUGUGGUCUAAAGACUUUAAGUGAUGAUGGUGGAAAUAAGUUGUUACCCACCAAGCAAACAACGUUCUGCAACCCCAAAGGAAGUUUUCAGAGCUACAGCAUUUUGGGAUUACAGCAAUAUGAGAGGUCUAUAUACUCUUCUGGAAAUUGCAGACAGACCACAGCCUGAGCAUUUCUGAUCAAAUAUUGUUGCUUGCAGUAGAGCGGUAGAUUGGCCAACCUUCCCACUAGUCAUAUAAACUGUUCUUGUACACUCUUGAUAUUUUUUUGUUUUUCACUGCAUACCUUUGUUGUAAAUACUAUGAACUGUGGUAGAUGGGCUAACCUUCCCACUAGUCAUGUAAACCGUCCUUGUACACUCUUGAUGUUAUUUUGUUCUUCACUGCAUAUCUUUGUUGUAAAUACUAUGAACUGUGGCAGACGGGCUAACCUUCCCAGUAGUCAUGUAAACUGUCAUUGUACACUCUUGAUACUAAUUUGUUCUUCACUGCAUAUCUUUGUUGUAAAUACCAUAAACUGUGGUAGAUGGGCUAACCUUCCCACUAGUCAUAUAAA